GCCGCCUCCGCCUCCGCCUCCGCCGCCGCCUCGGCCGCCGCCGCCGCUGCCUUAUGGACGAGCAUCUCAGCCUCCUGCACUCGCCUCCGCCGCCCUCCGCCCGCCACCGCGCCCACCCCUCGGCUCAGCCCCAGCCCCAGUUCCAGGCGGGAGGCGGCGGCGCCCACACCCUGGUCAACCCCGGCUACAUCGAGCCCGCCGCGGGGGACGCCGCCGGCCCCGAGCUGCCGCCCGGCAUGACCGUGGUGCCGGGGGACCACCUGCUGGAGCCCGAGGCGGGCGGUCCGCAGCCGGGGGGCUGCGGCGGCGGCUGUGACCGUGACCGUGACCGUGACCGCUACGAGCCGCUCCCGCCCGCCGGGCCGCCCGCCGGGGCGGGCGCGGGCGGGGAGCAGGACUGCUGCGGGGAGCGGGUGGUGAUCAACAUCUCCGGGCUACGCUUCGAGACGCAGCUGAAGACCCUGUGCCAGUUCCCCGAGACGCUGCUGGGAGACCCCAAGCGACGCAUGAGGUACUUCGACCCGCUCCGCAACGAGUACUUCUUCGAUCGAAACCGGCCCAGCUUCGACGCCAUCCUCUACUACUACCAGUCCGGGGGCCGCAUCCGCCGGCCAGUCAAUGUGCCCAUCGACAUCUUCUCCGAGGAGAUCCGCUUCUACCAGCUGGGCGAGGAGGCCAUGGAGAAGUUCCGAGAGGACGAGGGCUUCCUGCGGGAGGAGGAGCGGCCCCUGCCCCGCCGGGACUUCCAGCGCCAGGUGUGGCUGCUCUUCGAGUACCCCGAGAGCUCGGGGCCCGCGCGGGGCAUCGCCAUCGUGUCGGUGCUCGUCAUCCUCAUCUCCAUUGUCAUCUUCUGCCUGGAGACGCUGCCCGAGUUCCGCGACGAGAAGGAAUACUCGGGGUCCUCGUCGUCCGACACGCUGGAAGCCGCCACCAACAGCACGGCGGGCUCCACGGCGGGCGUCUCCAGCUUCUCGGACCCCUUUUUUGUGGUGGAGACCCUGUGCAUCAUCUGGUUCUCCUUUGAGCUGCUGGUGCGUUUCUUCGCCUGCCCCAGUAAGGCCACCUUCUCCCGCAACAUUAUGAACCUGAUUGACAUCGUGGCCAUCAUUCCCUACUUCAUCACCCUGGGCACCGAGCUGGCCGAGAGGCAGGACGGACAGCAGGCCAUGUCCCUGGCCAUUCUGAGGGUCAUUCGGCUGGUGCGGGUCUUCCGAAUAUUCAAACUCUCCCGCCACUCCAAGGGGCUGCAGAUCCUGGGGCAGACCCUGAAGGCCUCCAUGAGGGAGCUGGGGCUUCUCAUCUUCUUCCUCUUCAUCGGGGUUAUCCUCUUCUCUAGCGCUGUCUACUUUGCAGAGGCAGACGACCCCACUUCUGGGUUCAGCAGCAUUCCCGAUGCCUUCUGGUGGGCUGUGGUGACGAUGACCACGGUAGGUUAUGGGGAUAUGCACCCGGUGACGAUCGGGGGCAAGAUUGUGGGAUCUCUGUGUGCCAUCGCUGGGGUCCUGACGAUCGCCCUGCCAGUGCCAGUGAUUGUUUCCAAUUUCAACUACUUCUAUCAUCGAGAGACGGAGGGCGAAGAGCAAGCCCAGUACAUGCACGUGGGGAGCUGCCAGCAUCUCUCUUCUUCAGUUGAAGAGCUAAGGAAAGCUCGGAGUAAUUCGACUCUGAGUAAGUCAGAAUACAUGGUGAUCGAGGAGGCGGGUAUGAACCAUAGCACCUUCCCCCCAGCCCCCUUCAAAACGGGCAACUCCACUGCCACCUGCACCACGAACAAUAAUCCCAACUCGUGUGUCAACAUCAAAAAGAUAUUCACCGAUGUUUAAUACAUGAUACAAGUGACAUGCUAUGCUUAGUAUUGUGUGGAACGUGCCCCAUUGGUCUGUGUAUGCCCUCGUUUUUUAUACAUUUCCAGACCAUUCAUCCAGAGAAGAAUAUGGAAAACACACUUCCUUCAUCCACCCCGCCCCUGUCCCAUGUUGCUUCAUACCAAAACAGGUGUCUUUUGCAAAUGGGCUGCGUUUCCUCUGCUCCCCAUUUUUUUCCCCCUUGUAAUCUUGCAAAUAGCGGAAAUGCUGUUUGUGACUUUUGGUUUCUAGUACGCUCUGAAACAAUGAAAUGUGUAGGUGGGGAGGGGAAUUAAAAGUGCUUUUAGGGUAACGGGUUUAACUACAUAAUUAAAGGCAGGGUUUUUUUGUUUGUUUGUUUGUUUUUUUACCAGUCAGUGGGAGGACCUUCUAGAACUGUUUAUUGUGCUUGUAGGUGAAUUGCCUAGCCUAAAGGAUCGAUCAAUUAAAUUCUAAUUAGUGUAAUGAUUUGUAAAUCCGUUGUAAAUUUAUUCAGUUUAUAUCUGAACUCUCCGCUUGACAUCCCCCUCCCCAGAAUUACAUAUUUCUGAAGAAAAUGCUUUCUUCAACUCAAGAUUGAAUGAUUUGACUAACUGUAGUUUAACCCCGGGGACUGCUUAGGUAUUUGGAAAGCGUUAGAUUUAACAUUAAAUCAUUGUGAAGAAGUUCUGUGCACGCCCCCCAGCCAAAACCAAUCCUAGUCUAGAAACAGCGACGUUUUCAGUGCUGCUGAGAGAAACGAAAGAUUUUUUUUUUCCUAAUGCAUCUGAGAGAUAAGCUUCUGCAAUAUCACAAGAAGAUUAAAGUGACAGACACCCCUUCCAGCGGAAGUUACUAAUUCGGACCUGAGUGAUGCAGUUCCUAUAGCAACCAUCGUUUCCUGGGAAACCCGAAAAAGGUUGUCAUGGCAUCUCUCUCUAGCCCCACCCCCUGCUUCCCCUUGCUGUUUCCACAGUAACCUUUUCCAGAUGGUUCCUACUUACAUGAUUUCACAGGAAAACCGCUGUUGGAGUAAACCGCACAAAAAAAAAGUUAAUCUUAGAUAAUCUGAGGUGUGGGUACUAGCAAUCAUCAAACUUUUUACGUGAAAAAAAAAUCAUUGAAGUCAUCCAAGUAUCCACUGAAUCAAGAAAGAAAAUUAUCAUCUUUGGAAUGUUAGCUAUUAUAAGCCACGGUGAGCCAUGUCCUGAAUCAAACACCUGUUAAUAGGCAAUAAUUUUAAAAGACACUGCCUCCAGUUUUCCCUCCUCAAGAAAUUUCUGGCAGAUAAAUGAAAUUGGAGAGCAUAUUUUAUUGUGUCCAUUCCUUAUACAAAUUAAAGAUUCAAUUAGUGCACCUUAAAAAAAAACUUAUAAUGACCUCCAGAAUUCUCUUAAAAAAAAAAAAAGAAAUUACUGAGACCCACAACAACAAUUAACAUUGUCUGAUCUGCACAACACUGGAAGAGCUAGCUAAACCUUUAAAAUGCAAAGCAUUCAAGUUUUAAUGGGGAAAAAUGAAAGACAAUUGAUAAAGAGGAGGGACAGGAAGUAACCAAACCUUGGGGAGAAUACCUGCCUGUUUCAACUACAAGCCAGGGGUUGCCAGACGGCAGAUAGAAUCAGAUAUCUGAAGAAGCCUCAUGUAAGAGCUGUAGAACUGUACUGUGAACAGUAAGAUAUUCAUUUUUUUUUUCAUCACAUAGAUCAAGAUUGCAAUGACUGAUGACUGUGAUGGAUGGAUAUCUGCCUGCUUGCACACGUUUUUGUUUAUUGGCGUAAAACAAUUUUCUAAUUUACCUGUGUUUCCUAAGAAGUGCAUUACGUAGAGGGAACAGCCCUGAACCUGGAGGAUUAUCUUCAAAUCAUGUGCAAUAUAAGAGACUGAUGAAAGACAAGAAAGAAAAAAAAUAUUAUUUUUUACAUCAUUUCAACCUUUUGAAUACUUGGUGAAAUAUAAGCAUUCAGAAACUGAAAAAAAAAUCAGUGCUGCUAAUAAAGAAAGCCUAAAUGUUUGGUUUGAAAAGAUCAACUGUUACUAUUUUCUUUCAUAAUGAACUUAGGUAUUGUCUUCAGUGCUAAGAUAUUACUGUUCUGUUCUAUUUUCUCUGUAAAAUUUUAUUUAUGAAAGUAUGUAUUAACCAAAGGCUCUCUUAUUUCUAUUAACCUAAUUUCACAUAAAGAAAUAGUGAAGUCUAUACUGUGCCCAGAAUAAGGACAUUAAAGACAGACUUGCCUAAAAGAAACGUGCCUUGCUUUAUGAAGCAAACUCCAUGCAUUCAGUUUUUUUUUUUAAUUCAGAAGAGUAAAUUUGCAAAUUAAUCUUGUCUUAAUCUAGGGCUCCAAUUUAGGUGUUAACAGUGUUAAACCUUAUGAAAGCAUGUAUAGUAUUUACUAUACUUUUCAUCUUGACUAAAAAGCAUAGUAUUUAGUUAUAAUUUUAAAUAAUUAAUAGUUAAUAUCAAUUACUCAACUGUUUUUUUUUCAUGGGAUGUUGGAAAUAGAACUUUUGAGAAAAGAAGUCAAUGCAGUAUUUCACCUGUCUUUAAGAAUAAUUACUUCAGAAGUAUACCUGUGAAAGUCUAACUUUUAACAUUUUUAUUUUCUAUAUUUACACUUUUUUAAGAAAUGAUUUCUUUUUGCAAAAAGAAGGCAAAGUUUUGUUUGGAUAAGGAUGGUAGGUAAUUGUAAAAUUGUUUCUCAUUUUGUGGCGGUUCACUUCUCUACCAUCCUUACAUGUUCACUGUGACAUUUCAGCAAAAUAGUAGCUAUUUAUACAUUAUGUUAUAGGCCUUAUGGAAAGUCUAACCAUGACUGUGUAGUAUAAAGAAGAAUAUUUCCUCUUGCCCAUAUUUCUUUUUCAAACAUAUUUAGACACCCACAUAAAUAUAUCCAUUAUUUUGCUAUCUAAAUGGCACACAAACUUACUUUUUAAAAUGUACACUAGAAAAUGUUUAUUUUGGUUUGAAAAUUGAGGCUUCAUUUCUAAUUCCCUUUGAUUUCCUUUAGAAAGAAUUAUAGUUGCAGAAUUUAAUUGUUACAAUAGUUGCUAAAUUUGUUAAAGUCCAGGUGGUUUUACAGAACCUGAAAUAAGUAUCACUUGUCUUAUAGGAGCUAUCUCAGAUGGGGGCAGUUGAAACUAGAAUAGAUGAUUUAAAAGCAACCCGGUGCCCACUAACAGGAAAACUAAGUGUACAGUAGAGAUGGCCCAAACACGUGGUUUUGUGCAGUCUCCCCAUGUGCUCACCUGUGGAAAACAUACUCAAAUGCUGAUCAUCUCUUUCAGGGCAAUAUUUCAAGUCUAGAUUAGCGUGAUAACAAAGUAAAAGGAAGGACUGGUAAUUUUCUGGCAUACUAUCCAAGUAAUUUAGCAUUAAAGUCCCUUUCUCCCCUUCACUGUAUGUUGUGUUGGCCAUGACAGCUGAUGACCUAGACAGUGACACAGCCAGUCCAUCCCAGCUUCUUCGGAUGGUAGCCUGAGAUAAUGAAAAGAUCACCAGGGACAGAGUCAGCUAGCCGGGGUUAAAAUCCUGGCUCUGUUAUUUAUUUCAGCUGUAUGAGCUGAGAUACUUUACUUAACCACAGUGAACUUCAGUUUCUUCAUGAGUGAAAUGGGGCUUAUGACAUUCUCAUUACUGACCUCACUGGGUUGUUGCGUGUGAAGUGCUUUGUAAACUUUGAAGUGCUAAGUAAAUGCAAGCUGUGAUUCUUACUGGUCAUCACAAACUAGCCAAUCAUAUAACUCUCUACAUAAACUGGUUAGGAUGGCUGAAAUGAACAAACCACUUAUGCCAUGGUAUAGACUUGGCUCAAACUGUGAAAAUAAAUAUACCUACAUCUAGAUCUCCAUCUCCAUCUAUAUCUAUCUAUAUCUCUAUCUUUAUCUCUAUAUUGAUGUAGGUAUCUAUGUUAAUAUUGAUACAUCUAUAUCUAUCUAUAGCUACAGCCACAUCUACAUGGAUAUCUAUGUAGAUAGAUAUCCAUAUAGACACAGAUAUAGAUGUAGCUAUGGACAUAGAGAUAUAGAGGUCCAAAAGGCAUAGAUAAAGCAUUGUCAGAGUAACAUCAUAAUAUACUCACCUGAAAAAGAGUACCUUGUCUCUGAUGAAAUUCAAUCCUUAUCUAAAUUAUCCUCAAUCAUUUUUCUUCUCCAACAGAACAGUUUUACUAUGGAAAUCAAACAAUUCACUGAACUCCCUUCUAAACGUUUAAUUUAUGAACAUGUGACUGGACAAGUAUUUGCCAACGAUCUGAUAGUAAAAAUCAACAUAGUUGGCACUAGAAGGAGCAGCCCAAAGAAAGAGAAUGGGAUGGGACUCUGGGAACAAAGGGGCUAUGAGGAGAAAGACGGUUUCAUGUCCCUUCAGGGAGCAGGAAGUGAAGAAGAUGAAAAGAGGGUUAGGAGUCAGUUUAAAAAGACAAAGCAAAGAGCCUUGAUUAAGGUAUUUCAUAGGUGAAUAGAUUUCAUAGAAAUUAAAUAAAGCUAGGUAAAGAAUGAUUCCUACAAUGAUACUACAGCGGGCAAUCUUCACUUAUGUUGAUUAUCAACUCAAUUCUGAAAGACAUUUCAGUGAGCCCUAAGGGAUUACACAACUAAAUUGAUGAUUUUUUUGGAGUGUAGUGCCUUUAUAUGAAGCACCCUGAUAUGUUAAAAUUCUGAACAUGAUAUUAUUAGUGCUGUAAUAAUAGCAUUUCUAUGGCACUUAAAUGCUUACAAAGCACUUUUCUCACAAUAACUCUGUGAGGUAAGUAGGGCAAAUACACAUUUAUUGAGUCAAUGCAGCCUCGGAGCUCCUCCUCAGUCCCUUGACCUCAUGCUCUGCUGAACACCCAGAGACAAAAAACACCACCUCCUCCCUUAUUGUUUAUUGAUUAUUUUGGUAGAGCCCUACGGGGGAAAAUGCAGUUUCAAGUCCUAUAUAAUCCCCAAUCUCAUUGCACCAUAGUGGCCUCUCAGAUAACAUUAGGAAAAGGGGGAGAGGUGCCUGAAGAUCCCCAAAAUGGUCACCUGAGCUUCUAGAAGGUAAAUGAAAAGGAACAAAUAAAUACUACCAGCUUGAAAAGUUCUUAUAGCAAAUAUGCCACAUAGCAUCCUAACCUGUGUGACUUCAUGUAACCUCAAUGGAUGUCAGUUUCUUGCUGUAUAAAGCAACAGAACUGAAUCAUUGCUCUCCGAUGUCUCUACCAGCUCUAAGAUUUGUUCUAAUGAUUCCAGAAGUUUUCAAUGCCCUGAAGAAUACUUUUGUCAAAGGUUUCCUAUGUAUUUCUGAAAUGUUAGGAUUCAAAUGAAAGAAAAUCGGGAAAAAAAAUCUAAAGUUUUAGCUGGAUUCAGGAUUUCAGAUCUAUGGGGAGGACAGGAAUUCUUCUAAUCCUUUUUUAAUCAUCUACCAUUGACCUACAUGCCAGAAGAUGGGGGUGGAAGGCAGCUGGGCCACUGAUUUUACUCCCAGGUGAGGAAAUUCCCUCCACUAAGUCAAUACUCUUUCAGCAAUUUGCAUGACCUAAAAAAAUCAUUUAAUAUCAAGAGAAUGAAGAUGAAAUUUCUUAUUUGGUUUAGUUCAGUUACAUGUUACGGUACCUUAAAAUCCCUACAUAAAAAGCAAAAGAAGCACACAGGUUUGUUGGUGAAAAUGUAGUUGAACCAUACUUUAGGCAAGCCAAAAUACUGUAUUCAAGAAGAAGAUAAACCAGAGAAUUCUUAAGGAUUCUUUGCUUUAUAUAGGAUUCACCUUACGCUAUCUUGAUUGAAUUUACACACAAAUCUAUUCAGAGAGCCAUCCUUGUUUCUCCCUUUUACAAUAUUCUCUCUCUCUCUCUCUCUCUCUCUCUCUCUCUCUCUCUCUGUCUCUCUCACCACAAGGGUUUCAUAAAUAUUUUACAUCAGUUAUAACCCAAAGUACAAUUUUUUUAAGUUUUAGAAUUAAAACAUACUAGAAAUUUAACUAUUUAUAUUCUUAUUUCAAAAAUAAAUUGGCAACAUUGAUACUUAAUUGUCCUAGCCUUUAAACAGACAAUGAAAUAAGAUAAAUGCACUUAAUUAAAUUUCUAACAUUCUUAUGUGACCUUACUAAAAUAAGCACAAGUAUCUGUAUUAAAUAUUGUCAGUUAUAUAAUUUAUGUAUUUUAUAGCAUUACCACUGAGUAUUGAUUUAAGUAUGCAUUUAUUUAUACUCCUACCUAAGGCCAACUCUUUGACCAGCCAUAUACUCUUAAGACUUCAUCAGACAUGAAGCAAAUAUAUUUUAAAAAUAGAAUUAAUUGAUUGGGCACAUUUUUGACACAUAAAUAAUGAACAUUCUUUUGGUCCUUAUAACAGGUACCAUGAAUUUUUAAAUAGUCAUGGGCAUUUGUAAGGUAUUUUGACCCGGACAGAGGAGGCCUGAUUUGCAACCAUUUUGUAGUCAUUCAUGCUCAUGAAGUAUAAGUAUAUCAUGGACCAAAUUGUGCUCAGGAUUCGCAUCAAUUUAUAUGUUCAAAGAGUGACCAGUGGUAAGGAGAAGGGACAGAGAUGUGUGCAAAUUAUAUAUUCUGACUUUGCACAAUGAAGAAGUAACUCAUGAGAUAUCUUUUUAAUUGCCAGCAACCUUUUCUGGAGGCUAGUCUUGUACUGUAGAAAUAAUUUAGUAUUGUUGAAUGAUGUUACUGGGAACAUCAUUGAAAUCAUUUAAAUAAACUUACUUAAUUUGAAUAAUUCAAAAAAGAUCUUGUACUGUGAUAUUUAUCAGGAGUUUAUGUAAUUUCAUUCUGUCCCCACCAUUCAAAAAAAAAGAGGCAAGUCAUUGAUUUUAAGCCUCUAUCACAACUGGAAAUGUGUAUCUUAACAGAAUGAUUCAUUAAAAGAUUAUUUUGUCUGGCAAGUUUGAGUUUACGAAUACAUUUUUUUUCUUUUGAGGCAUUGCCUUAACUCCUUGUAUAUUGGUGUUAUUGGACUUUGGUCAUUCAUAAUGGAGUGAGUAAAAUAUGCCAGAUUUCAAUCCUAGUGCAUUGUAUUACCACUAUUCCUAGCCACAAUUUGUGGUGCUUCUCAUAUUGAAGCUUAACUCAUAUUGAUGUUUUCAUGGUCUGGUUUCUAAUGCUGGAUUAGGGGGAGUUUUGUGAAUUUAUUUAAAGCUAAUUGUCAUUGUGGUUUUCUAAAUAGUCAUAAAAUCUUGUAAUGCUGAAUUUCAGACUAAUGUUAUCUUUGUAUAACCAUAAUCUAGCUCAGAAUAUUGCCUUGUGAAUUUUAACUGUAUUGUGUAUAUUAUAUAUUAGAAUUGCCACACAAAGCAUUGUCUUUCUUUAACAGAAACUGAUAUAAAGGAAAGCAAACAAUGUUUGUACAACAAAUAUAUCUAUGUAAAAUGCUUCUAACUGAGUAAAAGAGAAAUAUAGAUACUCUAGCCAACAGCUCCUUUUUAAAGGCCUACCUGGAUAGGUACUGCAUAAGUAAGGGCAUAGGCAUCUAAUUUGCAUAAAUUAAAAUAACAAAUAUAUUGCCUCCAUAUCAAAACUUUUUUUCCCUUCUGAGGUGACCACUGCUAUUCUUCUUGAACUUGGAUAGAAUUUUUAUGUCAGACAUUCAAAAAACAACAACCUUUGAAGUUUCUUUUUUUAGGUAGAGGAUUUUAUUAAUGUUGGGUUUUUUCUUUUGUUUUGGACGGUUUUUUGAGCUGCAUUAAAAUACUAAGUUGAACUGCAAUGAGCUAUUUUCCAUAAAAAAUGCUUUAUGUCCACAUAUCCUUAUUACAGUAAAUAAAUUUGAUGUAUAAAUCUCUUUUUUAAAAAAUCCAUCUUAAUAACUAAUUUCUGCUCAGUCAAAGGGAUCAGCCUUGCAGUCAAUGCCAUUCAGACAUUAUUAUGACUAAAAAUAUCAGAUGACUUUUUAAUCUAAUGUUUUCCAUCAUAUGUAUUUUUCAAACUGUGCAAGGAAAAAUCACUUUCUCACAUUGUUUUCUAUGCCAUAAAAACUAGAUAUGUUAUAUCAUAUGGUUAAUCUAGUUAAACCUUUGCUGUAGGUAGAUCAAAUCAUGAAAAUUUUUUUUUCAAAUUUAUCCACUUUCCUCACUUACUAGAAAUUUUAAAGUCAACUUGAUCUUAAAAAAUAUAAUUUAGAUUAAUUCAUUAAACUUUAUUGCUAAUUGAAUCAGAUAUGUACUAAAAUAUAAUUAUUUAUUCUACUAUUUUCACCUUAGGCAACUUAUUUAAUCUCUCAGUGCUCUAGGCAGCACUCUAAAACUAUAAAUUGCAGAUAGAGUGCCAACCUGCUUCUGUAGGAGGACUUACCUCGCCUGGGUGUUUCUUAUGCCAGUUCAAUCAGAUUCAGUCUGUAUCGUCAUCCUUUAUUCCUUGCACUCCACAUUUCUUGUAACUAUUCAUAUAGAAUGCAGAGACAAAUGUCACAUUUCAACUUUAUUAACACUUGACCUUUUCUGAUAUAUGAUGAGCUUUAAGCUCAUUCUUUAAAAUCCAUUUAAGAAUUGAUUUCUUUCCCUUUAUAACCACUUAAAUUAAAAAUGGAGCCCCAUGAAUUGUUAAAUGAUGGUGCCUCAACACAAUUGCAGAUGUUUUGGAUGUAUAUUGUUAUGAUUCUCUAGAAUAAUUGAUAUGCAUCAACAUUGCUUUUCCUACGUGAAUCAACAAUCUGUGACAUAUACUAUACUUUUAAUGGCUAGUAAUAUAAAGUUGCUGUGAAUAUUGUAAUGGAACAUACAUUUUAGCUGAAAUUUCAAAUUUCCAACCAAAUUUUAUUUUAUUUUAUUGACUAACACAGGUCAAUUACACAAAUGCUAACUUUUUUUUUUUUGCAGAACGAAUAACAUUUGUUUUUUGAGUAAUGACCAUAACCAAUGUAAUUCUAAAUUAAGGUAUAAUAUCAAAUAUGUACCAGGUAUUUCGUGUUAUGUUCAUAAAUUCCAUUUUAAAAAUUUAAUCAUGUUUAUUUGUCACAUAUGAUGUAAAGCAGAAAUGAGGUCUUACUUUCUGCUCUCUAAUUUCAAUUCCAUGAUGACUUGCCCUUUUUGUUUAUUACCAGUAAAUACAAGUGAGUUUUGAUUGUGUGAUUUUAAAAAUCUGGUCAAGUUUCUUUUGGUUUUCAUUGGAAUUUUGAAAUGUUAAGUUAAGCAGAAUUCAAUAAAAUGGCAGAAAUACA